AUGUCGGAGGUGUCUGAUUGGAGACAGAGUCUCUAUAAUCAUCGUAUUCCGCAUGAUUGGGAUAAAAGAUUGAAGGCGAGGGGCUACACGAAUCUCAGUAGUUGUAAGGUAAUGCAUAGAGGCAAGAGUGGCGAGUCUCAAGUCUCAGAUAUUGACGCGUCUCAACCCACCACGAGUAAAGUACUCUCAGACAUGCCUGGAUUAGAUACUCUGACCGGCGACAACGAGGUGACGCUGGAUUUUGACUUUAAACAUAUCUUCAAACGUAUAUGCACACUCAUUCGCUCCCCUGCCGGUAUUACGCUGAACAAUGGUCGUAUUAUCAAUGCGAUGAUGCUCUCACGUGGCAACCUCGUCAGCAAUGAUACUGCGAUGCAUGUCGAUGGCACUGGGUGGACUUCCCAGCCUUCGAGGUUUUUGUGGCGUUCUGCAUGCAUCGAAGAUUGUGUUGUGCCGAAAUCUGAGAAUGAGCACUCUUCUUCGCCUGCAUACCCCGCAAUUGCGAGGGUCAUGACCUCGAAUGGGUGA